AUGGCUACCAUUAAAGAUGAGCCACAGUCGAUCAAGGGAAAUGGUCAAUCAACUACUACCCAGGCCCUCGAGGCGGCAGAACAACAGCCAACGUCUGACGACGGUACCACGGAAAUGCCUCCCAACGGCAAGCCACGAUCGAACACUACCCGAUUGGGCCCCAAGGAGAACGUCAAACCUCCCCGCUCCAAGAAGGCGGGUCGGGCCCGAGACAAACGCGGUGCUGCUCCGAGCACCGCCGACGCUUCUAGCCAAGAGGAGAGCGACGCCACCCCACGGCUUCAGGAGCUGAAGAAGGAGGCUCUGCUGCACUUCAAGAAGUGGCAGACGGCUGUCCACCGGAGAGUUGGCGAGAUCUCGGUCAAGAAAGGACCAGAUUUCCAACCUAGCCCUGCGCCUGCUGGACCGAAAAAGCGUCUCCCCUCUAACAAAAGAGGCAAAUCAACCGUUCCCAAGUCUCCGGUCACCCCAUCCCUCAGCUUAGAAGCCGACCCUGUGUUGACGCAGCUUUACCCGCCCACAUCGACGACGCUCUCUUCUUCACCCGUGGAGAAGAGGUGCCUGUUGCUCCACGCGCUGCUCCUUCUGCUGCUCUCUAUCGAGAACUAUGGCGCUUAUACCCGCGUCCUUCUCCAAAACAUGGCCUCGGCUCUCCAGCUGCCUCUUCGUGUCCUGACCGAGGAUGAGGUUAGGGUGUGCGAUGCCCUGGCCCAGAUCGCCAAGGGUAUCCCGCCUGAGCUUCUGAUGCCGAAGAAGAAUGAAGAUGGCAAGCCCAUUAGAAGGUGGAGGGCUGGGUUGGCGGGUAUCUCUGCCGGUGCUAUUCCUGGGGCUGGUGGCCUCCCGACAGCGUUCGAAGCAGCACGUAUCGGGUCCGUUUUUGGGAUCGCCGGGAUCCCAGGCCCAGCCGCAGCAGGUCUUCUUGGUAUUAUGGGCGAAAAUAGCCUAGCUGUGGGCGCCUUGUUCGGCAUAUACGGCAGCAGAAAUACUGGCAAGAUGAUGGAGCACUACCUCAAGGAUGUCGGCGAUUUUGCUUUCCUGCCGCUUCGCGGUUCGCCUAGCCAGUAUCUAGAGAUGGGCAAGGUUGACCCGGAGAGCCGUCGGCUCCGAGUUGUCCUAGGCAUCAGCGGAUGGACGAUGAACAAGGAUGACGCUGCGAGUCCCUGGCAAUGUCUUGGGGAGCAGAGCGAGGUGUAUGCCGUCCGCUGGGAGCUGGAUGCGUUAUCCAAAUUGGGCGCGUCGUUCGAUACGCUUGUGCGAAGCGCUGCGUGGUCCAUGGCCAAGAAGGAGAUCGUUGCUCGGACCAGUGAGCACCGUUCCGGGCCCUCCAACCGCUCUGCAAUGAUGAUAGCUAACAAGCAUGGGCCAGUUUUUUCCAACCUGGCCGACGGCCGGUGGCCCGCCAGCCUUCUCAAGAUUAGCAAGAUCAUCGAUAACAACUGGAACAACGGCAUGGUCCGCGCCGACAAACUCGGAUCCACCCUUGCCGACGUCAUCAUAAGCAAAGCGCAGGGUGAGCGCAGUGUUUCGCUGAUCGGAUACAGUUUAGGGGCCCGAGCCAUCUACGCUUGUUUGAUGUGUCUGACCGAGAAGCGCGCUUUCGGACUCGUUGAGAACGCCAUCAUGAUCGGGACACCCGCGCCGUCCGAUCCCAUGGCGUGGUGCGCCAUGAAGAGCGUGGUGUCGGGCCGACUGGUCAACGUGUACUCGGAGAACGAUUACAUGCUGGGAUUCCUCUACAGGACCAGCAGCAUCGAGUUCGGUCUCGCCGGGCUGCAGCGCGUCAUCGGGGUUGACGGUGUCGAGAACGUGGAUGUUACUGCUAAGGUCAGUAUCCACCCGAGAUACCAAUACCUCGUGGGCAGUAUCCUGCGGCACAUCGGCUGGGAGGACACAGACACGACACGCAUCACCCGGGACGAGGCCGAGAUGUCGUUUUAUGAGGAUCGCAACCGAAAACAUGAGGAGCGGCGGGACGCCGUGGAACUGGGCAAGGUGGAGGCCAAGAAAGAGAACGACCAGGGGAUUAUCCGGACCAGGAUGCGCAAGAAGAAUAAGAAAUGA